UCGUCACCGCCCGCAGCUACCGACCAUUUGAGCCGACGCCGAGGGCCACUAUUCCAGUCUGAGUGUAGGGGUAGUUUCCAUCUAAGGAAGUCUCCCGAGGUUCAACGGCCGGCCGUAUUUUAUUUUUUUGGUUUUGGUUUUCGAAUUGCCUACGCACCGUAUACGUUCACCCAGCUUGGAUUCUAAGGACCUGCAACUCGGUUUAACUCUGAGAGUCUCAUACUAACUUGAUUCAAUUUCAAAGAAUCAACAAAGGAGAAUCCCGCCAGCGAAUUUCGUCCACCAUACAAACCCACCAACCAUAAUGACGUCUUCAGCCGAAAUCACAUCGCUGCCGACAGGCGAGCCUGUGCCAUCGUCGACGCCUCCAGCCAACGUAAAGAAGGCCGCAGUUCCUCUCAGCGCGAGCCUGGCCGCCGCACCUGCGAACGUAGAUGCGUUCCUCUCUCAUCUGCACCGCUGCCUGCAGACGCCUACAGGCAUUGAUUGCGUUCUCCAAUUCGUCUGCUACACCUCCCGCCUCUCGGCAGCGGCCCUGACCGUUCUGGGCACCAACGCGCUCCGUCGCUCCGCCAAGGACAUUGCGCUGCUCGUCCUCUCCCUUCCCUCCCAGCAGAGCGCCGUGCUCCUCACCUCCUCCGCGGCGGCCUCGCCCAAGACCGCCGCCUCGGCGCUGGCCCUGCUGGUCGCCUCCCGCCUGCGCGCCCUGGGCGGCCUGCUCGCCGAGGCCCGCGUCGCGCACCGCCUCUGGGGUCUGUUGGGCAUGUACUUUUGGGCGCGCCGGCUGAUCGCCGCAUCUCUCCAGGCGCGCAGGGCCAGGAAACAGCAAUCGUCGUCGGAGAAGGACGUGGCCGGCACGCAACAGCAAUCCAGCUCAUCCGCCGUAGUGGCCCUGCAGUGGGCCCAGCUCCUGUCGUGCGCGGGCUUCCAGCUGCUCGAGAACGUGGCCUUCCUCUCAUCCAAGGGUGUGCUGGGCUAUUCGCCGGCCGAGCAGGCCAAGCUGGCCCGCUGGAGCAGCCGCUUCUGGGGCGUCUUUGUCGGCAUGGAGAUUGGCAGGCUGGCCUUCGAGGCGACCAAGGGCGCCGAGGUCCGCACCGCCGAGUGGAAGAAGACCAUGACGCGCUACGUCGCCUGGUCGCCUGUCAUCAUGCACUGGGGCUCUGAGAGUGGUCUGCUGAGCGAGCUCGGCGUCGGUAUGCUGGGCUGCAUCCCCAGCAUCAUACAGAUGAGGGACUUGUGGCAGAGCACUGCGACCAGUGCUUGAGUUCAAUUUUCUGCAUGUUUUCUAAUGAAAUGCAGAUUUUUUUUGACAAAUUCUUCAUCUCUCUGAUUUGUUUUGUUCUGUUUUAAAACUCUGUGCAACAAUAAUGACUACAGGAUUUGUAUAUGGAAGCUAGGUUUUUUUUCUCUUCUGUGUUUUACUUUUCCUCGUUUGACUUGAUCUACAACUAGAACCUAGAACUAGAACAAAUGAUUAUCCUAGGCAGGCUAGUGGGUCAGAUGUUUGCAUAUCAAUGGCAUAUUCACUGUUGAGAAGAGAAUAAAAGAAAUGGAAUGAUUACGUUUUAUUCGCAUUACCCCAACUUGUCUUUGCCCCGAAAGUCCAUCUAAAUCAGUUUCCCCCAAAAUUCCAUCAACGCCGCGCUAUUCCC